AUGCGCCUGGACCUGGCCGCGGGCGUGGUGGCCGCCUUGGGCGCGGCGUUGGUGGCCGCCUUGGGCGUGGUGUUGGUGGCCGCCUGGGGCGUGGUGUUGGUGGCCGCCUGGGGCGGGGUGUUGGGCGUGGCCGCGGCCGUGCCCUUGCAGGCAAUGGCAUCCAAUGCUUCUGGCCGUCACAGAACCGUGGACCACAUGCUGCCUUUGCAGCCGCUGGACGAAGGCAGGCCCAAGCCAAAAGGGCGGGGGGCUUGGAAGCAGUGGACGCCUGAGGCGCUGUUGAGGUCUGCCUUCGGCGAAGCCACUGCCACCUUGAGGCAAUCAGCCAGGGAAGUCGAUGGGGCAAGCGCAGCCCAUGUGAUCAAAGCCCGCAUGUUUAUUGCCAAGUGCAUUCUUGAUUGCCAGGGUUCCCAUGUCCAGUCAGAAAGAAACCGGCUUAGCCAAAUGGGCAUGCUGUACCACAUUCUGAACGUGAUGUUUGACGAAACAGAAUUAGAAGUUGCCCUGACUGAAGCUGGUGCAGCCAGCUGGUCAAUAUUGGCCAGCCACAGCCAACUGAGCAUCCAUGCUGCCGGCCACGAUUUGGAAGUUGACAUAGCAAGGCCGCCCAGGGCCUUGCCGCGAAAAACGGCUUCGUGCAUGUGGGGGGCGCUCUGCCUAGACGACGGCGGCCUCAGGCCUGGUUUCAUCGGUUCAGACGCGAAGUUUUCAGCUGUUCUGGUAUCGUGCGAUCAGCAUCCAGCAAAUAUCCGAUUGCUGAAGCACUUGCACUCAGUGGUGUCGCAGAACGUCUUUGUUUUUCCAAGCCUGUGUGCUCAGCACAGAAACGGAAAUGUUAUUGAGCGAGCAACAAAACAUCUCGGUAUACUACCUGGUUCCUUUUGCGUGGCCAAGAGCACGGGCAGGGGAAAAUUCUUGAAUGAUUUGAAAGAAGCAGUCAGGAAAGUCCUGGCUGAAAAGCUUGUGAUCAUAGAUUCAGAGCCUCCUGGACUGCAAGCGGAAUGGGCAGUGGCCCGCCGGCAGGCAAAAGAUUUUUUGCACAUGAUGCUGCAAUGUGAAGACGAAACACCACAUGCAAAGCGGUCUCGGACCAGGUUCAUCGACGACUUCGUGGCUUUCUUCCCCGGCCCAUGGACAGCCCAAGCUUUUCUCGCCAACAGCCUCUUCAGUACCGGCCGCGCUCCUGACACAGCCAUGGUCCUGUCCAAGCACUUUCAAGCUUGCAGGUCGUUGGAAAACUUGAAGGCUGGAAACCUUGGCAGGGCCUACUUGCCAAACGAUGCCCGGGCCAAGGUGUUUCACGGCCUUGGGCCUGGUUCCAGUGUGACAGAAGCUGUCUUGGAAACAGUCCCGAAAGAGUUGGACAGCUACCUGGUUGUGGACGACUAUGGCUCUGUGGAGUGCGUCAAAUUUGCGAGAGACGAAUACAACAAGAGGCACCCCAUGACCUUGAUCUUCGAGACACAACAGUUCGGACGACUUUGGCUGGGGGGUGAGAAGGCCGCUCACAACAGCAAACUCCUGGCUGACAACGAAGUAUACGCAGUGUGGCCGGCCUACAAGGGCGCACGCCCAGAGAUCCCGAGCGUAUACGUCUUUGACGUUGUUGAUGGGACUGGAGCAUGCAAUGGCGACAUCUCCCUGAAGAAGGUCAUGGACAUUGUCACAGACAUAGUGGCGCUACUGCUGGCUGGGAAAAGCGUUUUGAUCGCGUGCCACAAUGGCGCUCACAGAAGCGCGACGCUGGCCUGUUUGGUUCUGAUUCGGCUUACAGCCUGGUCGGCGUCUGAGGCCGCCUUCUACCUCACCAGCAUGCGGAACAUAGUCGAUCUCAACUCCCGUGCUCCUCCUUCCGCCUAUCGCACUAUCAGCGAGCGACCUUUGGAUUUCCUGGAAGAGGUCGAGGCCGAAUUCCGCACCACUGACGCCCUGGCCACCGCAAAGCCAGCGCUUGGGUUCGUGCCUUUGAGGAGGAAGGCAUUGGAGGCCGGCUUUGAAGUCAAGUUUCCAUCGCCCAAGUCUUUGGCCACACCAGCGGCGAAGAGACGAGAGGGUUCAUCUGGGGAUGAAACGGUUGGCAGCUUUGAGCUGGCAACUGAUGGCGAUGUGACGGAUGGGGGUUCUGUGCACGGUUCAAACAAGGGCUGGACCUUGUUUGACACUGCCACUCCAGCAUCCACACCUGCUGCCAGCAGCUGCGGUGAAGGCUCGGAGCUGAGACGAAGGAAGAUUCGCAUGCUCAUGGAAGACCUCACCGCAUUGAACCGCAAGUUGGAGGGCCACGUGGACACUGCUGGCGGCUUUGAGCCUGGUCUCACACUUACAGACUCAAGCGGCAACACUGCAGCAGUGGUGGUGGGAAGUGAAUUGACGUUGAUACCUCCUGCGGCGUCUGACGAUGCUGCGCCUCAGGCGUCUGCAGUAGCUUCGCCUCCGGCGGUGUCUGAGGUGGCUGCGCCUCAGGCGGCGUUGGCCAAGGACCCGGCGGUCAAGGAAGAGACGCCGUUGGACAAGACGGCUUCAGAGCCUGCAGUUGCUGCAGAAAGGCCAACUGAGACACUGGCAGCCAAGCAAGAGGAUGGGGAAGCCAAGCCUGGUGGCAGCGCGGAAACCGCUAUGGAAGUUGACUAUGACGCCGACCCAGAGGCGAGCAUUGCUGUGGUCCAAGCUGAGCCGGCAACCAUGUCAGCCAAGGCCGAAGCCGAGGUGGAGGGUUUGUCUGACCAAGCCGAGCAAAGCCUGCUGGAGCUUUUGGAAGCACAGAAGGUCUCGCACCAGUCUCUCUUGGCAAUGCUGGAACGGCUCGAAGCUGAGCGAGUGACCGAGCAGCAGCGCGAGGAGCUCCUGCAGUCGUUGCUCUCCCGGGAUGCCGGCUUCCUAGCCAGGUUGGAUUCCAUGCCAAUACCGCUAGUGCUUGAAGUGGCUGACAAGCAGGGCAUGUCCCUCUUGCACCACGCAGUGCGUCUUGGCCAGGCAGAAGUGGUCGAGGCCAUAGUCGCCCGCUGUCCAGAAGCAGUGUCAAGAACAACCCAUGUCGACGGCAGACCUGCCAGGUGGACCCCUCUGAUGGUGUUGAUGGACACCUCUGUGCAGGCAAUGGGUGAUGAAGCCUAUCAACGCAUUGCGCGCUGCUUGUUGCAUUCUAUGUCUGCGCAAGACAUGGCCAUGCAGGCCUACCAUGGUCAAACAGCUGUGCACCUGGCCGCUGCCCAAGCGAAUUUGUGGUCUGUCAAAAAGAUCUGCUGGUCUGGCAAACGUGGCGCUGGGACCGUGGAUCUGGCUUUGAACAGCAACAUGGUGGUGGCAAACUAUUUGAAGAUGUGGGGCGGGGAGGAGCUUUGCCCCAACCCGAAGCAGCGACCACCAGUCCACAUCUGCGCUGGGAACGGCUGCUGCGCAGAUAGAGAAGCCAGCAUUGAAAAGAGCAUGGAAUGGCUCAAUUCCAAGCUGCUCGGCGCUAUCUGCGUCCCAGCGCUGAACAAAUGGACAAAGGUGCAAGAGGAUGCCGGUUUGGAGGAGCCUGUGGAUGAAGGAGAUGAAGAAUUGCGCCCUAAGUCGGCGGCUUGCUUUUGCAAGGCAUCAUUAAGCCCGGCCUUGAAGGCGUUGGAAUCUAUGAGCCAUUUGGCCCACCAGCCUGAAAGCUUCUGCUGGGAUCCAGCUGUGCUGGCCUUUGGCCCUGUUCUGUCUUGGAGCCAGGAACGCCUUAGAAUCACACGUCGUACGCUGCAGACAAAACUAACGCUUUUCAGCUGCAAAGACUGCCAGCUUGAUGCCUUUGCCAGGCAGCUCCGCGACACAGUUCCAGAGCACGAGAUUUUAGAGCCAGACACCCUCAAGUUUUUCGAGGCUGUGCUGCAGCGCGUAGUGCCAACAAGCACCUUCAUCGAAAGGACUUUCGCAAGGCUUUCUGAAUGGUCCACCGUCAGGAAGGGUCAAAAACCAAAACUGAGCAGCAUUAGUGCCAAACAUAUUUCUGGCCGUUUCAAGCAAAGCACCGAACUGUGGCGCCGACGGGUCUUGAAGCAACCGAAAGCUGCAAAGGACAAUAUCAAAAGACCAGUGUGGUCCCAUUCAAGAACCAAAGGCCGGGGCGCAAAUGGCUGGCACAUUUUCAGUAGAGAGCAUAUGCUGCAGAAUCCAGCGGGAAACUUGCAAGACCGUCAGAAGGCUGCUCAGGAUGCUUGGGCUAGAACUACUGAGGAGGAGAAAAAGCGGUAUUCGCGCUUGGCGCAGGCUCGAAAUGUUGCAUCUUCUUUGGCAGCAAACCAAGCAGCUGCAGAGAGGGAGGCAGGUCCAUCGCUUCCUGCUGGCAGCCCGUUGAAUGUUGGCACGCCUGAUGGCUUUCCAUUGGCUCGGCAUGUUGUUGCUAGCAAGCAGCAGGAAGUCAGCACCAUGUCCAAAGCGUUUGUAGAUAAUUACAAUAACUUGGAACCUGAAAAUGCAGAUGCUUUUCAUGGUGCCCCUCGUGAGCCAUAUCCUUUGAUGCCUAUUUGUCCUAAAGACGGAUGUAUGCAUUGCCUGCCAGACGCCGGCUCAGCCGUGGUGCAGUCUUUGCAUGACCGGUUUUGGUUCAUUGUCAGGCACCAUGCUCCAAAGCCCGACGCAGUAGCAAAGGAAGUGCUCCUACUCCUACUGUCUUUGCACUCUGAGAGCGCAGAUGUUUCCAAAGAUGUCGCUGUUAUGUUUCACACACGGAAGGCUCCUUGGGAGGCUGCGUUGCUUAUCCUUCACCGAGUUAGCGUUGGAGAGCUAGCAGCGCAGGGUGUUGCAUUUUCUUUGGCAUUCAGUGAGUCUGCGGCUAGUGACAAAGCUCCGGCGCUGAAUUUGACAUGUGACAGGGUCCUGUUUGUGAACCUGGCAAAGCUGGCGUCUGACUGGACAUUCCACUUUUUGGAAGUUGCUGGAAUAGUUUCACUGUCGCGUUUUGACAUCCAGGCAGUGACAGCUUUUGAAGAGAAGUCUUUUGAGAAACAGGCAAAAGCAGCUGAAGAAACGUCGCGUGCUUUGCAGGCGUUGAAUUCCCUGCUUGGGAAAAACAAAAAACGCUCUGCCAAUCCGGAGCCGGAGAAUGCUAGCGCGUCUGGCCGGAAAUCACGCAAACGGCCCAAGACUGCCUUGUCCACUGAAAAGAGGCUGCUGGGAAUUGAUUCUGGGUCUGAACAUGGAUCAAACAACAGUCAAGAAAGUUCCUGCGAAAGCGAGGAUGUGGACGUCACUGGUAUCCCUAGGCCUGAAAUGGCCGACCACUUCGACCCAGCGAGCUUUUUGCAUCAAUCGCCUGGAACUCUUCAGUCCAGAAUAGGAAGGGAGGGCAGAACCACCUCCUUGCCCCCCUUGAGAAUCCAGCCAUGCUCAGCAGAGGUCAAGAAUACCACCAAUGUCCGUCACAGACGAGGUGAGCAAUGGGGCGUAUUCAACUUGGGACCCAUUUACAGCGAAGGUGUGCGGACAGGCUAUGGUGCGAUUUGUGGUUUGCAUAGCAAUUCUGAAGAUGCCACAGGCAUCUACUGCAGGAAAGCUUUGACAAUUGGCGACCUCUCUGAGGAGGAUUGUAGACUGCGACUGAAGCGUUGGCUUUUAGCCGGGUUGAAUGAUGAUGAUUGGCCUGAAAACCAGGCUCGCUCAAGGCACUUGUCGCUAGGAGGCUUGCGCUUGCUAGAUUUUAGCGUAGGUGACCCAGAGAUUGUCUUAGACAGACAAGUGGCUGCUGGAAAAGCAGCUGCGUUGAAGGGUCGGUGUGUCUCUGCCCAGCAUGCAUUUUUGGCCGUCAAGACUCAAAGCUUUGCAAAGAGAUACCUUUUCAAAACUUAA